AUGUCGACGGUCCACGCGCUGCUCACGAUGCUGCAGGACCGCGGCAAGCGCUCGCCCGCGUCCGUGCGCCACCUGCUGCUGGAGCUGGCGUCGUGCUGCCGCUGCGCGGACGCCAAGGCCGCGAUCCUCGCCGACGGGCUGGAGCCGCUGCUGGCGCUGGCCGCAGACGACCACGAGCUGCCGCGAGGCGAGGCGCUCGAAGUGCUGCUGGAGCUGCUGGUGCUCCUGAUCCUGGACAACGCCAAGGCGAAGACCAAGGCGGCGCAGGGAGGCGCGCUGGAGCUGGCGCUCAGGUGCUUGCACGAGCUGUCGGCGGGCGCGGCGGGCGGCAGGAGACGCGCCAAGAUCCUGAAACGCGCGCUGGAGCUCGUGGACCUGCUGGCCCACACGACGGAGUCACAGCAGCAGGAGAGACAGGCGAUUGUGGUGAAGCAGGUGCUGGAGAUGAUCAAGCGGGCAGACGAAGACGUCACGGUGUUGGUGCGCGCCACUGACACGCUGGGGCGAUUCAUCGACGGGAGCUUAGAGAGGAUCCAAGUUGCGGCGACGGAACAGGCUGUCGCAGUGCUCAUCGAGCUGCUGAAGUCGAGUGUUGACAAUGCCGACUUGAAGCGCACGGCGUGUGAAGUGUUGAUGCUGAUGGGCGAAGCUCCCGGGAUGCUGCAAAUGAUGGCUGCGCACAAUCUUGUCAGCGCUUUGUGUAUUUGUCUGCGGAUGGAAACUCCCGCACGUGACGUAGAAUUCGCUGUGGUGUGUUUGCUGCUACGAUUGGCGCGUGAAGCGCGAGUGUACGGGCAGAUUGUUCACGAAGAAAUGGUGCCGCUGCUUUUCCAAGUGAUUGAACGGAACAGCAACCUCAGAGAGGUGGCAGCUACGGCGUGCAUGAUUAUUGCCGAUCUAUCCGAUUUUGCGCGAGAAUGCAAGCUGGACCUCUCGCCGUUUAUGGAGUCUUGUCGAGGGAAAACAUUGGUCCUUGCUGCUACCUGUCACGCUCAGGAUGCCGCCGUUGUCGAUAGUACUUUUCGCUUCUUUGUCAAUGUGUCGGACAACCCCGUGGAUUUACCCCAAUUGAUCAAUUCGGAAACGAUUGAAGGAUUGCUGUCGCUAUAUGUACUCGCUGGUGGAUCAGGUUACCUGGCCGAGUUGGCGGGGCAUCUAGUUCACGUGAUUGUGAGGCUAAGCCGAUCGACACUGGAGCAGUUCACGAUACAAGAGGAAGAUAUUACGCUCCCAGCCCUAUUUCUUUGCUUGCGGAAUUACCACGAAAAUGUCCGGUUCACAUCUCAAGUGUUUGCGAUUAUGGCGAGACAUUGGAAGACUCAGUGCCAGGCGAAAAGUGUGCACAGUAUUACUGGCUACGUGGGUAUUGCAGUUGAGAUACUAUGCCGCACAAUUCCUGCAUCGAAGCCUUGGGAAGACGAGGUAUGUGCGAACUAUCAGUAUGCCCUUGUAACAUAA